CAAAAGAUUAGAAAAUGAUACUGCUGCCGGUACCGGUUAGCUUGGGAACGGGAAAAUCUUUACUAAGUCUUGCAAGAAUUGCCGUUUGUAGUUUUCAGCAACAUUGUUCAUAUUCAGUGACUAAAAUGUCUCAGCAACCAAAAUGGGAAGUUGAAAAAUCUAGAAUUCUAUCUUUAUCGGCAGAUGAUAAAAGGAAAUUAUAUAAAUUCGACGAUUAUAUUAUUAUUGAUAAAGUUGACCCGUGGUCAACAUACGUCGUUAAAAACAAGGAUGUAGAAAUGAAAAAGCAUACCAAUGAAGAUGUUACCGAAUUCAGAAAGAUUGAAAUAGAUUCCUCUAAAAAUAAAGAGUUAAGCGGGAAAGUUUCUAUAUUCAAAGGCGAUAUAACUAAAUUGGAGGUCGACGCAAUUGUUAAUGCUGCAAAUUCUCGAUUAAUCGCUGGUGGUGGUGUUGAUGGUGCCAUACACCGCGCCGCUGGACCGUUACUUCAAGCUGAAUGCAAUACCUUAGGAGGUUGCCCUACGGGUGAAGCAAGAAUCACAGGCGGAUACAACUUGCCUUGUAAAUAUGUGAUACAUACGGUUGGACCUCAAAAUGGGUCAGCACCAAAUCUUCAAUCUUGUUAUGAGAAGAGUCUAGCAUUUCAAAAGCAAUAUAACUUAACAUCUAUUGCAUUCCCUUGUAUAUCUACUGGUAUAUAUGGAUUUCCUAACCGCCUUGCUGCACACAUUGCUUUAAGAACAGCAAGGAAGUGUCUCGAAAAUAAUAAAGAUCUAGAUAGAAUUAUAUUCUGUACAUUUAUGCCCAUUGAUGUUGACAUCUAUGAAACAUUGAUGCAAUUGUACUUUCCCAUUUAUGAAAAAAACUUGGAAGAACCUUAACAAUAUGGGAAGUUCUUAUAAUUUUACUAAAUAAACCUCUUUACUAAAUGACAACAUUUGUUCAUGGUUUAAAUUAUUUAAUCAAUAUUUCAAUGUAAUUAAUCAUAUAAUUGUUAAUAAAUGACUAUUGUAAAUGAAAAAGGUA